AAACCAAAUGAUCUACAAUUGGUAAUAUCACUGUUAAGAAUGGAUGGGGAGGAGAAUAAGAAGAGAGAUGAUGUUGAUGAGAAUUUGCAAGUUGAGUUGGCAGAAGAAUCCCCAAGAAACGCAGCAGGACAAAAUUCUGGAUGUGACUCUUCAUCUCAGCAGAAAACAAGGCCUACAUCAGAUGAAGUGUUCAGGAACCUUGAAAAGAAAGAAAAAGAGAAUGGCACAAACAAAACAGCACUGUCAGAAUCACCAAACCUGGAUGUUGUUGAAGCAAGGAAACCUGAAAAUAUCUCCAGGAAAAGAAAGCAGAGUUGUUCAGAUGACAUGAAAGAUAGUGGAAGGAAAUUGCAAAAAGUUUUAGCUGGAGAAGCAUGUGGUAUGGUCGCUGGAGCUGUAAAGCAGGAAGGAGUCACCAGUUGUCCUGAUAGCGACACAUUUAAUUCAGAUAUCUUGUGCCUGCGUUAUGAUUUCAGAUGUGCUGCUGCUGAUGCCAUAUUGAAAAUUCCCAAGGAAAAUAAACAUUCACAAGAGGUGUCAGCUGCUGUUCCUGAUAAAUUAUAUUCUUCAGAAGAAAGCAGUGUUGUCUGUACAGCUGGAAACAUAGACAAAGACCCUAAAGACAAAAUGAGUGAUAAGUGUUUACCUUCCUGCUCUGAUAAGGAAAAACAUAAACAAGAAAGCUUCUCUAAACCAUCCAAAGAGCAAACACACCCUCACUGUAGUUGCAUAGGUGAGUGCAGUUCAACAUCGCAUAUGCGUGCUAAGCGAGAUCGUGAGAAAUCCAAGAUAUUUUCUUGUGAUCUUUGUGGUUUUCAGAGUGCUGAAGAGAGUCUCCUAAAUUCUCAUCUCCUUGGCAAGACUCACCUUCGACGCCAAAACCUUGCUGCACGGGGAGGAUUUGUACAGAUAUUGACGAAAAAAUCCUUUAGAAACCAACAAUCUAAUGCAACCAAAGAGAGGAAUGUCAGGGUAAAACCUGGGACCAAUAAAUUAAGGGCAAGAACUGCUGAUGCAAAAGAAUUAAGUGUUUGCAGUGCACUGAAAGGCUCAAAAUUAAGCUUGUCUAAACAAAAGGAUUGCAGUGAACUUGUUGAAAUGAUACCAUCUUCAAAUACUCCCACUGAAAAAAUGGAUACUGUGACAGAAGAAACAUUGCUUUCUUCUGGUCCAGAAGGAAAUGAUAAAGUUCAUACUGAAAAACUAGAAAUACCGGGACCAUCCGAAAAUAUCUUGCAGAAAACAAAAUCCCUUCCAACUACCAAAAAGCUGCUUAACAGUUUACACAGGACAAGGAGAUUUGACAAACUGAAACACAAAAGAAAUGUUUUCUUGUUAAGGUCUUCAUUUGGACAGAGUAGGUCUUCUAGAUUAAAAAGGCAGGUUAAAAGAAGAUACAGCUUGUUAGGGAGUAGUAAGAGACCCAAAUCUGAAACUCAGAAGGUACAUGUGAAGCCUGUCUCCAGCACACAGCUUACACAUGAUGAAUCAAACCCUGUGUCACAUACAGAACUAGAAACAGAUGAUAAAAGUAAUUGUAAUACUGCUGCAGAAAUACAAGAUCUUACUGAAUAUAGGCCAAAUACCCCUUCUUCUAGCACUGCAGAUGCUAAAGAUUCUGAAGUUAAACUUACUGCUGAUGAUAGUGCUCUUCAUACUUGCAUGGAUUGUGGUCAUGUUUUUCUUGACAGAGAAAGUUUGGAAACUCAUGUUGCAAAACUUCAUACAAAAAGGACCCAGUUUCAUUGUCAGAUGUGUAGUGAUUCCUCUGGAGUCAGGGAAGACAUGAAGCAACACUGUCAUGACAGUAAGCACCAGAUGGGUGAUUGUAGCUUUAAUUGUCAACUCUGUUCAUUUACCAGCUUGAACGUGGUCAACCUUCAAAGCCAUAUGAGUGAAGUUCAUAAUAUGUCUCAUAGUUGUCCAGCUUGCAUUCUUUUUUUUCAGUUUGAAGAAGAGCUUAUAAGUCAUCAAAAAAAUGAGAAACACGGUGGUUCAUUAUUUCAGCAAGCUACUACAUUGACUAACAGUGAUCAGACCUUGCAAGUGGUACCUUCCAGUGACUCAGUAUCGAACAAUAGCCAAAGACUUACAAAGGAAGUGGAAGUGUCAGUGCAAACAAAACCCUCAGACUCUUCCUUCAUAAAUCAUAGAAAUGAACUAAAACAUUCUGUUCUGAAUAAAACCAAAUUUCAAUGUAAAAAGUGUUUUUAUAAGACAAGAUCUUCCACAGUUCUUACAAGGCACAUAAAACUCCGACAUGCACAAGAGUAUCACUUCCUUUGCAAAGCAUGCAAUCUCUACUCCCUGAGUAAGGAAGGAAUGGAGAAACAUAUCAAAAGAAGCAAGCAUCUUGAAAAUGCCAGGAAAAACAACAUUGGACUACGUUUUGAAGAAUGUAUUGUAAAGGUUUGCGUUGGUGUUGGUGGCAUUAAAUCAGUGGUGGAUACUUCCAUUUCUGGGAGUGGAAAUACAGAAUUGGAUAAAGAAAUUAUACAAGUUUCAUCUUCUUCUGUGGAAAACAUAUCGAUAAAUAAGGAAUUUGUUCCAUCUGAGCAAAGGAUUGGUGAAAAUGAGUUGGUUUUAGCUGAUGCAUCCAGAGGAGGGAAGCUUAAAGGUACUGUUUCUAGGACAUGUACCCAUUGUGGCCUUUUGGCCUCCAGUGUUACAAAUUUGACUGUUCACAUCAGGCGAAAACACAGUCAUCAGUACAGCUAUUUGUGUAAGGUUUGCAAUUACUACACUGUCACCAAAGGAGAUAUGGAACGUCACUGUGCAACCAAAAAACACAAAAGCCGAGUUGAAAUAGAAGGAUGUGGAAAACAGAACUCGGAGAUCAUCGUUAGCCCUGAAGGAGGUAAUUUUGAAUCCAUAAGCAAAAAGAUUAAUAGCCCCAUGACUGCCUUGCCUGAACAUAUUGAGGAUGGUGGCCAGUCAUCAGAUGUGGAAAAUUCUGUCUUAGACAAUCAGGAAGCUGAGCGAGGAGAUGCUGAGUUAAAAGCUGCAAAUGCCAGUAGGCUGCCGGAUUUGCAGCCUGGUAGGAAUCCACUGAAUAUAAACCAACGUGUGUUACUGGAACCAGCGAGUGUUGCUCAAGACUGUGACCCAAGCUUCCAGAGAAGAGCUAUGGGUGCAAAUGACAACAAGUGUGUACACUGCAGUUUCAUUGCUCAUUCUGCUGCUUCUUUAGAGCUGCACGUGAAACGAAAGCAUACAAAACAAUUCGAGUUCUACUGCAUGGCUUGUGACUACUAUGCUGUUACUCGCAGGGAGAUGAUAAGGCAUGCAGCAACAGAGAAACAUAAAAUUAGAAGAGAAUCUUACAUUCAUUCUUCUGGGGAGGAAGCAAAUACAGCACAUAUCACUAAAGAAGGCACUGUUUUGCCUCAAGAGGAGCACCAUCGCAGUGCAGGAGAAUCAAAAACUAUUUUAGAUGAAACAAAGCGUGCCAAUGAUGCAUCAGAAGGUGAUGAUAUGAAUAAAAGCUUUACUGAGUCUACUGCCUUAAAUGAAAAUACAUCUCCAGGAAUCUCUAAAGAUGUCAGUUCCCAAAAUGCAGUAGGAGAUGAACUUGAUAAGGAGUCUAAAAGUGGAGGAGAAAACCCUUUUUGUGAAGGAUUCCAGCAAACUCCUCAGAAAGAUAAAGUUGUUGAACUUGUCAAGGAAGUAUCAGUUAAAGAAACAGGUACUUGUGAGGUGCAGAAAAAUAAGCAUGGGCAGGAGCUGCUCAACUCAGAUGAUGAUUGCGCUGCUGAAAAUCAAAAUAGAUCAAGCACCACAAACUUCAAUUCAGAAAAAGGUGUGGAGAGCUUGGGAGAAAAUAGUGAAAACCCAGAAGCAGAGUGUAGAGACAAAGACAGUCUCAAAAAAAAAUCACUGAAGAAAAAUAACCCACUUAUGCUAAGUCUUCCUGAAACAAGUAGUGCAGUAGAGCAAUCAAAUUUUGCUGGAAAUACUGGAGAAGCAGUACAAAAUAGACGUAGUUUAGAUGGUAACAGAAGUUUCAGAGAGGAUCCUACUGGGGAGGAAAAAGCCCUUAUGGAAGCACAACAUGAAGCUGAAGUAACUAUAAAUAACAAUGUUUGGGAGGCAGAUGGCUCAACAGCUGAGGGCACACAAGAAAGUAGUAAUGAGGCUUUAGGAACAGUUAUCAGUGCUGAUGAUAAUGGAAAGGCAAUGCAAAAUGUUGGCAAGUUUGAUUCUUCUAUAGUGAGGUUAAAAAGUCAUCAAGAUGCGGAGGCCACUGACCAUUCUGCAGAAGGACAGAUGUCAGGGGCAGUGAAAACUAGUGAGCUCACAGUGAAAGCAGACACUUCAACAAGUGUUGGGAAAAAGAAAAAGUCAGAAGGAAUUUCCCUUGGGGAAUCGACACGUAUUCGCUGCGAUGACUGUGGUUUUCUAGCAGAUGGUUUGAGCGGACUAAAUGUUCACAUAGCCAUGAAACAUCCUUCAAAAGAAAAGCAUUUUCAUUGCUUACUCUGUGGAAAAUCAUUUUACACAGAGAGCAACCUUCACCAGCACUUGGCCAGUGCUGGGCACAUGCGAAAUGAGCAGGCGAGUGUGGAGGAGCUGCCCGAAGGAGGCGCAACCUUUAAGUGUUUGAAGUGCACGGAGCCCUUUGACUCAGAGCAGAGCUUGUUUCUCCACAUCAAAGAGCAGCAUGAAGAGCUGCUGCGUGAAGUCAAUAAAUACAUUGUUGAAGAUACUGAGCAGAUAAACAGGGAGAGGGAAGAGAACCAAGGCAAUGUCUGCAAGUAUUGUGGGAAGAUGUGUAGAAGUAGCAAUUCCAUGGCCUUCCUAGCUCACAUCCGUACCCACACAGGAUCAAAGCCAUUCAAGUGCAAGAUAUGCCACUUUGCAACAGCUCAGCUUGGAGAUGCCAGAAACCAUGUCAAGAGGCACCUUGGGAUGAGGGAAUACAAGUGUCAUGUCUGUGGGUGAGUAAAUUGAAACAGUCUCCACCAUGGUUAACCAGGAGAAGAGCACAGAAUAUGCAUUGUUUCAGAAUUGAAAACUGUGAUGUGAGCAAGAGUGGCUAAAAUUAUGCAUGCAUAUCCUCCUUUCCAUUGUUAUGGUAAAUUCCUUAAAUACAGUUAUGACAUUCUUUUCCCACUUCUAAUCCUGCACUGAAGAUGAGCAAUUUUAUGGGCUACAAGGUCAAUUUGAACCUGUAAUCUGUAAAUUGACUAAAUUAUAGGAUGUUCAUUCACAUUGCCAGGG